CAAUUUUCUUGUGAGAAACGUGAUACUGAGGAAUCCCUUGACCGUCGCCUUGCCAUCCAAACGACUUUCUGCUACACGUGUAUCACUAUCCAGCCGUGUAGGAAUAACUGUGAUCACCUCUGCUGCGUUUUGCUUGUCGCUUUUUUUCCGGGCCUUCUGGAGAGCCGGGAUGCCAGUAACCCUGUGGAGGUGAUUAACACUCCUCACAGCCCUACCGGCGAAAAGGAAGAACGAUCUUUCCCUUGCAAGCAGAGUUUUAUCACUUACUUCGUAGUGAUUUACGUUGCUCGGGGUUUGGCAAGGUUUCGACAAUUGGACUGCAGCUCCUAGCAGUUUCCUGAGGUGCCCUUGACUUUCAGUGUUCGAAAAAGAGGAACUUGAGAAAUGGAUCCAGCAAGCAAGCAAGCGGCGAAGUACAAGACUCAGUCUAUCAUCGGUAUAAUCAACGAUAAAAUGGAAGUUGGCAUGGCUAAGAUCCGAGGCGAGGAGAGCGCGGCUUUGGAUGUGGCCAUCAUCAAAGCGACGCUGCAGGACGAGGUGGUGCCCAAGGAGAAGCAUGUGCGCACCCUGAAGAUCAAUUGCGUGCCAACUUCGCCGCGGCAAAUCGUGAACUACGUUAUUCAUGGUCUCGUCAAACGGCUAGACGAGAAUCCCAAGGCUUGGCUUGUCACCCUUAAGACUCUUACUGUGUUUCACCGGCUUAUGCGGGAGACAGAGCCAAGCUUCCAAGAGGAGCUGUUGCGCUACGCGGAGCGCACGGGACGACACCGCAUGCUGCGGCUGGACUCCUUCGCGGAUCACACCACGAAGGAGACGUGGGAUUACUCCGCGUGGAUUCGUGUGUACAGCGUGUACCUCGACGAGCGCCUGUCGUUUUUCCGGGCGAUGCGCUUUGACCCGGAACACGAGCAAGAUGCUCGUGAGUCAAAGCUCCGAAAUUGCUCGGCCUCGGAGCUUCUGGAGUAUCUGCCCUCAGCGCAGCGCCUAUUGCGCCAGCUUGUGAGCUGCAUACCCGAGGGGGCUGCGCAGAACAACGAAAUCGCGCUCCUAGCUUGCUCGCUGGUCCUCAAAGAGAUCCGGCCCGUGUAUAAGGUCGUCUGCGAGGGUAUCUUGAAUCUGGUGGACCGCAUUUUUGAGAUGGACCGCGGCGAUGCGCUCAAGGGUGUUGAGCUGGUGAAGGAGAACUUGGCCGUGAACGACAGGUUCAACGCAUUCGUGAGCGCAAUUGGCAGCAUCCAGCCCCUAAAAGGUGCUGUGCAGUUUCCUGUCGUGCAGCCGCUGCCGGCUGACUUCCUACCUGCGUUGGAGGAGUACGUCAAGGACGCGCCGAAGAGCGCUGGUGAUACCGGGAAGCUGGGCCGCGCCGGAUCUGUCGCUUCAAGAGCUGGAGGCGGCCCGCGGCUGAUUGUCGGAGGCCCCAUCAAGGAGCAGCCCAGCGGGGCCGCGUCGCCACCGCAGCCACCACCCCCAACGCCGCCAGCGGAGGUGGAUCUGUUGGGUGGGUUCGACACACUUACAGUCAGUGAACCGCCGACAGCUGCGCCAACUGCGCCCGCAACAGCGGCAUCAGCUGUAUCCGCGACGCCGGCGUUUGACCCCUUCGUGAAUUUCGGGACCGCUGCCCCGCCAUUGGUGCCAGCAGCGACAGCAGCGACAGCAGCGACAGCUGUGGCGCAGCUCCCACCACCGCCAGCUGCUCCUGUGGCACCGGGCUUGGUGGCGUCGAGCUCGUUUGCGAAUCCUGCAGCGGCGGCCCUCGCAGCGGGUAUGCCAGGCAUGGUGGCGAUGCAGCCGCCGGUUACCUCGGCACCUCAGGGCAGUACGUACAGCGACCACACGUUCGGCCAAGCAGGGAACGCGUUUGGUACCCCAACACCGGCUGUAUACUCGCCGCCCGCAGCCGCGCCUCUGGCAGAGCCCGUGACAGCACCCGCCGUGCCACCGGCACCAUUCAACCCCUUCACAAACCCUGCAGCAACGGUUGCACAGCACGUGCCGCAACCACUGGCGCCUUCGCCGCAGCCCUUUGCGCCGCCGCAAUCCUUUGCCCCGCCGCCGCCACUGCUGCCACAGCAUGUGAACGCUUUUCCGCAGUCGCCUGCGCCGAUGUCCGCGCCACAGACCCCAGCCGGCUCCCAGAUGCCCGUCGGGCUCAACUUUGUUGCCGGAGCCGGACCGGCGCACACUGUCGCCGGCAACCAAGCUCUCCCAACACCAGCCUUUGCAAACCCAUUUGGAUCACCAGGUGUUCCCGGGCCGCAGCUACAAGCCGGUGUGUACAGCCCACCUACUGCGCCAUCUCCCUCGAACCCGUUCGGUGCCGGAGCAUCGGCCAUGUCCAGUGGUAAUGCGACCGCCUCGAAUCCCUUCGGUGUGGGCCCCAGUGGGGGUGGCUGGGCGAACACGUUGGCGGCCCCAGUGGUGACGCACGUUGGCGGUUACAGCUUGAAGAAACCUGCGGAUCCCCUAAAUGACCUUUCGCUGGACCUGUUUGGCAAGCCUCAGGCUCCGCCCACACAUCAGCCGAUGCGGCCUCAGGCUGGGGCGCCUCAGAAUGGUGGGGGUUCUCCGGGCACUUUUUUCUGAACGCUUAUCCGACUUCGUCGUUUGGUUUAUGCUUGUUCCAGGGACUUAAAAUGGACGUGUGUGCGUGUGCAGCCGGCGUAUGUGGGGGAUGUGGGCGUGAACGGGAUGUGGGCGGGGAUGGUAUGCGUGGUUCGGGUAGUGUCGCUUGGAUAGGAGCUGUGGUGCUAAGAAAUAUUAUUGCUCAUUGAUGUAUUAAUUAGCAGUUUGCACGGUGAGUAAAUCUUGGGAGUAUUUGUUUUACUUGGAAAGAACUGAUUGCUUGCAGAAAGCGGGUUCAAGUGUUGCAUCGCUUUUCCAUGGAUCUAUAUGUGGACAUCGUGGGAACAGUGUGUUUUGCUGGGAUACAUCCCGGUGUACUCCGUCGCAUUCGAGGCCGACGGGGACGUUGCGCAGGAGGGCUUGUGGAUAGUCAGUAUUGCUAUUGCGUCACAUCCGUUUCCCAUGUUGGGAACUGUCCUCGAUGCUUAUGGGCAUAUGGUUAAUGGUGUUUCUAGAACGCUUUGCGCCCCGUACAUUUUUUUCAGGCACAUGUAUUAAAACGGCACAACACACCGGCUAUGUAAAUACACGGCGACCGUUCAUAUACACUGCUAUUUGUCCAUCCGUUUAAGCAGUGCGCCCAAGUACUACUCGGGCAACAGCCUUUUUUUCAUGUGGGGACCUACCUUUCCAAAGUUCAUUGUCAUCAAGGAAAUUGUAAAAUGCUGAAUGA